AUGUUCAAAGCUAUCGGCAACGGGGCUCUCGCCGCCGUCCACUUUGUCUGGCGCUGGUCUGUCCCUUACAAUAGCCGCAACCGACCGAUAGACGCCGUCUACGCUGCCGUUUGGAGCACCAGGCUUGAUCAAGAGGGCAUCCGGAACAUUCUCCAGGAGGCCUUUCCCACCAUUCCUCGCGACGAGCUCCCCACUGAAGAAGAGGCCAUCCGCCGUCUAGUGCGUGAGCGUCUGUCACCCGGCGGUUCCUCCUCGUCUUCGUCGUCGUCGUCGACCUUCCAGGAUGAGAGUGACAGUGCGAGCUCAGACGACUCUAGCGUUACGCAGGCCGAUAAGGACGAGGCCGCCGAGAAGCAGAAGCUGCUCGACGCCGCGGAGGAGACGUGGGAGCACCUACCCACCAACCUCCGGUCCCUCCUCGCCAGCCUCAACGCGCAGAACCUCGAGACCAAGCUGACCUCGCUCCUCGCCGCGCCCUUCCACACGCCCUCCGGCCGGCGCGCCAUCCGACGCGCCUCCUCGGGCGUGCGCCGCACGCUCGCCAUGUGGCGGCACGGCUUCCGCGCCGCCGUGCCCCGCACCGAGCGCGUCCUCACCAACGUUUUCAUACUCUUCCUCGUCUUCAGCGCGUGCUACCCGGACGUCGCCGCCGGCGUGCUCGGCGAGCGCUCGUACAACCAGCGGUCGAUCGGCGGCCGCAUCGUCACGCUGUGCCAGCUGUGGUUCCUCUGGCGCUACCCGCAGCACUCGCUCUGGCUGCUCUUCAACUGGAGCCUGGAGCGGCUGCUUGGAGCGUUCGUGGGGAGCACCGCGUACGCGCUCGCGGCGGUCGUGCCGGCCGUGCACGAGGCGUACGGCAAGACGUGGUUCCGCGGCAUGAUGCUGGCGCUGUCCAUGACGUGGCAGGUCGGCGUGCAGUUCUCGCCGGCAGUGCGCGACUACGUGGUGCGGCUGGUCACGAGGCGUCAGAUGAGGAGGCUGCGCGAGCACAAGGGCGGCGAGGAGGAGCAGGCGAUGGACUGGGACGAGGCGGACAGGGCGAUCAACGCGGAGCUCAUGGCGAUCAAGGUGUUCGCCGCGCGGGACAAGGCAGCGGCGGCGGGUGACGGUGAUGAUGCCGAGGCGGUGCCGGUGCGCGUCCGCGUCGAGCGCUACAUCCAGUACACGGCGUGCUACAAGCUCGGCCGUCCCGCCGACCAGCUCGUCGGGCUCCUCAAGGACGACCUCGAAGGCAUCGUCAACACCUACGAAGACUACCAGUCCACCAGCCCGACCGCGGCCCCCUCCUCCGACGGGCACGUGGAGCCGCGCGCGCCCAAGUUCCUGCUCGUCGCCUUCGACGUGGCCAUCUUCGCGUACGUCUGCUACUCCUUCUACCCGCAGCCCUUCACGUUCAACACGGUCGUCGCCUACGGCACCGUCGUCUGCGUCAAGCAGGCCAUCGUCGCGUGCAAGCGCUACCAGACGCCCAAGAGCGCGCGCCGCCUCUUCACCAACAUGGUCUCCAUCAACAUCAUCGGCGUCUUCCUCGUCUCCACGCCGGUCACGGUCGACAGGCACGUGCUCGACAGCGACUUCAACUUUGUCGCGCUCACGCUGGCCAUGGUCCUGGCGACGCUGUUCCUGGCGGAGACGAUUGCGCCGCUGCUGCUGGCGCUGGUCGAGGGCCUGACGGCGGGCUGCGGCUGGCUGAGGAGGAAGAUGACUGGAGAGAAGAAGAGCAGUGGCGGGGAAGAGAAGGCCAAGGUACAAUCCGCUCCAGCGAUGCCGUCAAAUAUACAAGAGUCAAGAAGGGAAGAAAAGGAGGGACAGGCCUUCGGUCCGUGA